AUGUCUACAUCAGCAUACCAAACUCAUGCGGACUCAGACAAACACGAUCAACCUUCUCGCAAUGAGCCAAGUCCUCGGAUUCAACAACCUCCGAAGGGCGACUUGCGUGAAUUGAUGAAGCAGUAUGAUCUGUCUGUCGUUACACGCGCAUCAGCAAGUUUUGGUCCAAUAACCCGGUAUGAAGCCAUAAAGCAAGCAUCGGCCGUUAUAUCAAACUUAGAUGAGGCUAUCCUCUCGGAUGAUGCUGAGGCUUUGGAGGAUUGUUUCUUUACUGAGCAGGCAUUCUGGAAAGAUCAGCUCGCUUUCACCUGGCAUCUGCGAACAUUCAACUCUCCCAAGAACAUUACUCGUGCUCUACUAGAGACUCAGCAGCAGAGAGAUCUUACCGAACUAUUCUAUUCUUUGGGAGAUGCGGAGGUUGUGCAGAUUGGACCUACAUUGGUAAGUCCAUUGAUUAUGGCCCAAUUUGUGGAAUGCGAGUUAACCAGUUCAGUCNNACUCAUUACUUGUGAGUUCGCCUUCCAGACUGGACUCCCAGCCGCCAGGUGUCGUGGAAAGAUGUGGCUUCUACCUUGCAAGCCCACAGAACAUCAAUCAGAAACCAAGGGACCAACCUGGAAGAUCUGGAUUAUGAGCACUAGACUGGAUUAUCUUCAUGGUCUCUACGAACAUCAAGAUCUACUUUAUGCUCCGAGUCAGCCCCUUAGCCAUCACGAGACAUUCGAGACGGACGUGUUUAUUGUCGGAGGUGGCAACGCAGCCGUAGCACUCGCAGCACGUCUCAAAGCUCUGGGUGUGUCAAACGUCAUGGCUGAUCGCAACGCAAAUGUUGGCGACAAUUGGGCUCUACGCUAUGAUUCAUUGAAGUUCCAUGUUCCGACGCCGUACUGUGAGCUGCCCUACGACGAGUACCAUCCCAAGCUCCAAGACAAGAUUCUGAGCAGAGAUGACCUUACAGCGCACCUCAAGGGCUAUGUGAAGCUACUCAAUCUCCAUGUGAUCAAUUCGGUUAAGAUCACCAAAACUACCUUGGGCGAAGACGGAAGAUGGAGGAUUGAGUUCAACAGGACUUGGGGUACACGUACGGCCAUCGCGAAGCAUCUGGUGCAGGCUACAGGGAUCGGAUCACAAGUACCGUACACACCAUCUAUCCCGGAACAGGAAGCAUAUGGCGGUAUCGCCAUGCACUCAUCACUGUACCAGAACGCCCAUGCGCUCAAGGCUCAGGGUGUUAAGAGUGUCUGUGUCGUUGGAUCAGCGAGUACAGCCUUCGAUGUGCUUGAAGACUGCUAUAAUGCUGGGCUCAAUGUCACCAUGGUAGUACGAUCAGCGCAGUAUGUGGUACCUCUGGAAUACAUCUGUCAUGAGCAUGGCCUCGGCGCCUACAAGUUCAGUGUGGAGCAAGCGGACGAGAUAUUCAUGAUGAUGCCUACGAUAGUGGACAGUCAGCUCGGCCAGAGGUUGUUCCAGCGACUCGCUUCACAAGAGCCUGACCGAUACCUGGCUCUUCGAGAAGCUGGUUUUCCGGUCAUUGACAGCAGAGAUCCGGACGCUGCCUUGAUGCACAACUUGAUUGAACGUGGCGGCGGUCAUUACGUAGACACUGGCGCGACCAAGCUGUUAGCAGAAGGCAAAGUCGGCUUUCGAGCCGAUGUCGAGCCUAAAGCAUACAUAAAGUCCGGCUUACGUCUGUCUGAUGAUACAACCCUUGAUGCUGAUGCUGUAAUCUGGUGCACAGGUUUCGCAGACAAGGACGCACGCGAGACAGUCGCCGAAAUCAUGAAGAUCUCUUUACCUGUCGAUGCCACAUGGGGCGUAGAUGAGGAAGGUGAGAUUCGUGGUAUGUGGAAGCGGCACUCUCAAGUUGACAACUAUUGGUUCAUGGGUGGCUUUACACAACAGCACCGCUGGCAUUCGAAUACUCUGGCUCAACAAAUCAAGGCGUCGCUUGUAGGAGUGCUGCCACCCCCUUGUCUUGGUACCAGGUCGAGCUCGACAGACACUGUAGAAAGUUAG